AUGUCGAGCAUCCCAGUAAAGGAGAACGGCGGAGUGUCAUUUCCCUAUCCGAUGCUAAGUCCUCACAAUUAUACUGUGUGGGCAAUAAAGACAGAGGCGAUCCUUGAUGCCCAGGGAGUCUGGGAGGCGGUGGAGCCAGCGGAAGGAGCCCAGGUGGAUGCAAAGAAGGACAAAAAGGCACGUGCAUACAUCCUGCAGUGUGUCCCCGAAGACAUCCUUCUCCAGAUCGCAACAAAGAAGACGGCGAAGGAAGUCUGGGACAGCCUCAAGACGAGGUAUCUUGGUAGUGAUCGGGUGAAGAAGGCACGUGUACAAACAUUGAAGAGCGAGUUUGACGCUCUCCGGAUGAAAGAAACCGAAACGAUUGAUGAGUUUGCUGGCAAACUCAGUGCCCUAAGUAGCAAGUUCUCCACCCUUGGUGCCACGCUUGAAGAUUCCUCGUUGGUAAAAAAAUUGCUCGAUUCUGUCCCUGAUAAAUUCUUUCCUAUUGUUGCUGGUAUUGAGCAAUUCUACGACCUUGAGUCUUCUAUACCAUUUGAGGAGGCUAUAGGACGACUGAAGGCGUACGAAGAACGAACGCUACGACUACGCAGCAACACCAACGGCACUGAAGGUGAGCUCCUAUUAACUCAUGCCGAAUGGCAAAUGCGACAGAAGGGGAGCAACGUGGACACUUCGUCAGGAGGAAAGGGGCGUGGGUCCAGCAGCCCUAGUCGUGGCAAAUGGCGUGGACGUGGGCGAGGGUGCGGCCGUGGCCGUGGUACGCAACGCCAAGACAGUGCAGGAGGGACUAGCGGCAGCAACAGUGGCACUCGAGACAAGAGACAUAUAAAAUGUUUCAAUUGCGAGAAAAUGGGGCAUUAUGCGUCCGAAUGCUACAACAAGCGGCGUGAUGAUGAGGCUCACCUCACUUGUGCCACCGAUGAAGAGCCGGCACUGAUGAUGACCGUGUCCCACGAGGAGUCUGACGCUAGGCGUGAGCGGCAGGAUACCAUUCUACUCAGUGAAGAGAGGUUGCUACCGGAGAUGUACCGAGACGUUAAGAAAGAAGAUAAGGACGUCUGA